AGCGAGUAACUCACAAUUCCACCUUCCCAGCAGGUACAGGAGACCUUGUUCCACCCACAGCAAAUCCCGGGGAGUGUCGGGACCGAUGGCACUGAAGGACCUCAGCACAAUAAGUGUCAAAGCCAUGAAUAAGAGCCUUCCUGCCUUGUCUUUUAUGCUAAUCACCCGAAAACGUCCCCUUUCCCCAGCACACCGGCCGGGCAUUCACUCGAUAAACCAGGCAAGAAAGGCUCUUUGAAGCUGCACAAACCUUCCCCGGACUUCAAAGUCACACUUCUGUCUGCUCCUGUCCUACUGUUCUCGAAUACAUCACUUGGGAUUAGGAAAUGAAAGAGAUUAAAGCAUUUCUCUCCUUCCCAUCGCUUUGGAUCCUCAAUAGAGCUUUGUUUACAGGCAGCUGCUCUGCUUCCCACCCUGCAAUCCCACCCUUUCCCUGCUCCCACCACACCAGGGGAGGUGACUGGGAAGCUGCAAGAGGCUCUGGGGAGGAUGGAGAGGCCACAGACUGGUCGGUUUAAGAGCCAAGCCCAAAACUGGUGUCCCAAACUAUUUCCCAUUCCCAGACAUUUCUCCGGAUCCAGCAUCCAGCUCGGGCUGGUCCAGUUUUCCAUAAGACCACACUGGGAAAACAGAGCUGUGCAGAACCAGUUACUACCCUGACAGCCUCAUACAGGGGAAAUUGCCCCAAACUAGAGGAUGAAAGGAUCCGUGAUGGAACCGUGGUAGCAGAGUGUCCAUCAGCCUCCCUGGAAUGCGUUCCUUGGGGAAGGGACGAGCUCACGGCCUUAUUUUAUGGAUGUCCCUGCAGUAGACUUUGAAGGCCUUUGGAAGCACAUCCCAAACUUGGCAUGGGAAACCACAGCAACAAUCAUACCUGUCUGACAGAUGAUUCCUUCAAGUACAACCUGUAUGGAGCCGUGUACAGCGUGGUUUUCAUCCUCGGCCUGAUCACAAACUGUGCCUCCCUCUUCGUCUUCUGCUUCCGCAUGAGGAUGAGGAGCGAGACCGCCAUCUUCAUGACCAACCUGGCGGUGUCCGACCUGCUCUUCGUGUUCACCUUGCCCUUUAAAAUCUUCUACAACUUCAACAGGCACUGGCCCUUCGGAGACAGCCUGUGCAAGAUUUCUGGCACGGCCUUUCUCACCAACAUCUACGGGAGCAUGUUGUUCCUCACCUGCAUCAGCGUCGACCGGUUCCUCGCCAUCGUGUACCCGUUCCGCUCCCGCACCAUCAGGACCAGGAGGAACUCUGCCAUAGUCUGUGCUGGGGUCUGGAUUCUGGUCCUCAGCGGUGGGAUUUCAGCUUCGCUGUUCUCCACCACCAACGUUUCCAACACCAGCACGACCUGUUUCGAGGGUUUCUCCAAACGUAUCUGGAAAACCUACCUGUCCAAGAUCACCAUAUUUAUUGAGGUGGUGGGGUUCAUCAUUCCCUUGCUCCUCAACCUCACGUGCUCCUCGUUAGUUCUCCGGACUCUGCGGAAACCCGCCACCUUGUCCCAGAUUGGGACAAACAAAGAGAAAGUACUGAAGAUGAUCGUUGUGCACGUGGCCAUUUUUGUCGUGUGCUUCGUGCCCUACAACUCCAUCCUGUUCCUCUACGCCCUGGUCCGGUCCCAGGCCAUCGCCAACUGCUCCCUGGAGAGGUUUGCACGGACCAUGUACCCCAUCACCUUGUGCAUCGCGACCCUGAACUGCUGCUUCGACCCCUUCAUCUACUACUUCACAUCAGAGUCCUUCCAGAAGUCAUUCAACAUAAAAACCCAGAUCAAAAUGGAUUCUCUUUUCAAGACAGAGACACCUCUGACAAAGACGGCGCUGCCGGCGCCGCAGGACGAGCUGAGUGACCAGGCCAUCACCAACGGGGGAGACCCCACCUCUGAAUCCCAUUUCUAGAGAGAUGUUUACACGUGGAGUUAUCCCCCGUUAGCUCUUGAUUGACACCCCGUGUGGGAGGGCUGCUCCACAACAGUGGGUUCACAUGUGGUGUCGAUGAAGAAAAGCUGCUGGGGGACAACUGCACCCCCAGACAAACCCUCACCCAGGGAUGGUCCCGUCAGACUCAACGGCUGAACACGAAAUACAAAAAUCCCAAUGGAUCUCCCUCUGGAGAUGGUGGAUAGGCAACAACACGUGCACCAACCGAGGAGGAAACAGAACAACUUGAAUCCCAAAAUGCCGACAUUUGGCAUUCUUCCCCCCCCCGGCAGUUGACGUGGGGACCGGUUGGGAAAUAGAAAAUUUCAUUUUCCUGGAGAUUCCUGCCAAUAUUUCCUGGCUUCUGGAGAUGCAUCAUCGUAUGUUAACUCAGUAACUUCACACAAUAUGUAUGUUUGCUUAAAAAGGCAUAAUAAAAGCUUGUGGCUUUUCCUUAUUCCACUGCAAGAGUGUGCAGCCUGGUUUUCCUAGAGACAGGAAUUUACUGUGUGGAGAAGUUUGAAGUGUAAAUAACUGUUUUGAAAGUAGGCAAAAAGAGUUGCUUGGUGACAGAAGAGAAAAAUAAUAAGAGAAAACAUAAUUAAUAAUGCAGUGUUGAAAUAAGUUUCAUUUUCGCAAGAUUAAGCUGCCUUUUAAUUUAUUUUAAAUUUAAAUGCCACCUCAAGGGAGAAGGAAAGAGUGAAAAGUUCUGUUGCACCUGGGGUUUCAUAUUCAGGGGAUUAUAUAUGAUUAUUUCUGAGAAGGGCUGGGCUAUACAAAGUCAGCUGGAAAAGGGCCUGAACCCCAGAAUUCUUCCAAGGGCAAAGCUCUUGUGUGGAAACCAAGAGCAGCUGAAGGACCACGGAGCAGUGACCUCACUGGAUUAUGGACAACUGGUGUCAGAACAGCCAAUUAGGAGAAAAUCUUGUGAGUGAUUGCUUAAUGGGUUUUGCUAUACAGUCAAUUAAUUAAAAGGGCUCAAAGUAACUCCCCAAAACCAGUAAAUCAAUUUGCUGCACUCUUUUCUUAGUUGGUUACAGCAACAUUGUCUUGUUUUCCAAUUCAUUUAUUCCAUUUCCUUUCAUAGAUGACAGAAAAAUAUGGAAAGUUAACUGUCUGCAGUCAUUCCAUUUGAUCAGAUGGUUCAUUUCUCCAGCUAUUGAUUCAUAGUUGAAGCUCUGCUGACCUUCACAGGCUGAUUCAUUCUUAAGUGUGAGAUGCACAAAUGAGGAAAACAAUUUAAAUUGGACAAAGUUACAGCUUGUUAGAUCAGCAAUCGACCUUUUCCAUGGGACAGCAUAAAGCUACUUCUAGGACUAUGCUGCCAAAAAAAAGAGAGACUAAGUAUUAAUUGAACAGAUGUUUUCCACUCAACUGUGUUUUAAGUGUCUGUGCUGAAGCCUCGUGAGAUGUGAGAGCUGCACGUCCAAUGUGAUCACUACUCAAAGCUACAGAGGUUUAAGUGUGAAAAGAAUUCAGCUGUAAAAUAUGUUAAUGCUUUGAAGGGAAUAUUUAUUUAGCACUGCAUUCACUUUGAAUAAAGAAGUCAGUUGCUUACCAAGGC